CUUCUGUAGUAGUACACUGGAUACUGUGGUAGCGGUGGGAUUAUUCACUAAGGCAGUGUUAUUCUUGGCAGCGCUCAAGGAGUUAACGAUAGCGCGUUAGAGUGAUCCUGUCGAAUUGUAUCUGAAUAGCCACGAACAUUCGUGGCAAGCUUUUUUGCUUUUUAAUUUCACAAUUUUAAAACAAUAUUUAUCUUACGAAAAGAUCAAAGUUGCUUAUUUUAAGAAACGGGGAUAACAAUUUGCAAUACUAAAUGGAGCUGCUAUUUUUAAAUAACUUUUACAACUUUAACUAAACCAACUCGUGACUUCGGCUGGGAGGUUGAUGGACAAACUGUCUAAACAGUCCUGUUUAGCUGACCACAAAUAUCAAAAUGUCAGAAGUUGGAGAUCAGAAGACCCAUCACACGAAAACUUCACUUGCCCCUUCAGGUGGGAGCGGUGCAGUUUUGGAGCAUCCUUCACCCAAUGAGAAUGGGGGACUGGAGGAUAACGAUAGGGGGCGAUACAGAGACGGAAAACAACCAGAUGGCAGCAGCAGCACUGCGACGGAGAACCCAUGGCAUAUGCAAAGGGGGCAGCAGGAGGUGUGUCCAGGAUUGGGGGGUGGUAACGCACACCCAAAAUGCCCAGCAGUAACACAGCCUUGCCAGGAGCCCGAGGCCGAUGCAGCGGGAGAGGAUGGACUUGCGGCUGACGGAAACAGCGGCGAUGGGCCCAGCGAAGAGACUCACAGUCAAGUGCAGGGUGAAAGCGUGCCCGAUGGGCGACUGGGAAGGAAGAAACACCGUCGGCGACCCUCUUCAAAGAAGAAGCGUCGCUGGAAGCCUUACUUCAAGUUGACAUGGGAGGAGAAAAAAGAGUUUGACGAAAGAGAAACUGCUCGAGCGUCCCGGGUGCGAGCGGAGAUGUUUGCCAAGGGGUUACCCGUUGCCCCUUAUAAUACGACUCAGUUCCUGAUGGAUGAGCACGACCGCGAGGAGCCGGACCUGAACACCGAGCUGGGUGGCCGGCGCACCACCGGAGCCAGUCGCGCAGAAGACACUGCAAGCGAGGAAGACUGUAUGGACUUCGAAGAGGACGACGAGGAAGGCAGCGGUGGCGGCAGCGACGGCAUCGGCAGACAAGGGAACGCGGGAGGGGAAUUUCUUCAGAGGGAUUUUUCCGAGACCUACGAAAAGUACCACGUCGAAAGCCUUCAGAACAUGACGAAGCAAGAGCUGGUACGGGAGUACCUGGAGCUGGAGAAGUGCAUGUCCCGCCUUGAAGAGGAGAACAAUCGGUUGCGACUUGCCGAGAAUAACCAGGACCUUACCUCCGCCAGUGCGGUCAGUGACCCGGACGCAUCGCGGCUAAGGGAGCUGGAGAAGGAACUUGAGAGACUGAGAGCACAGAACAGCGAGCUCCGUCUGCAGAAUCGGCUUUGCAAAGAGCCUGGACAAGCCGUCUCCACGGGGGAGUAAGUUGUUACGGAAACGCGUAACAAAGUAAUUUCUACAAAUGUAACAUUUUGAUGCAGGACACGAUUUUUUAAUUGUUUAACGAAUUUGGCUGAUAAAUCUUGUCACUGCUAGCCCAUUGCAAUACUCUCAAAUUAUUUCUUUUGCUACGUAAAAUCAACUUUGAGACUAAUUUUCAAUAAAUAAUGCUACUAUUUAAAAUUUCUACCAAAUCAAGAACAUUGGACAUUUACCUAGUUCUUUCCAUUGUUUUCCAGGCUAAAAUGUAUUGUGUACAAAACACUUGACCACAUUUGGUUCAGAUUUAAUUACUGUCGGAUUAGGCCCCGUUUGACUUGCCUGACGAAAGUUUGCCAUCAUCUUUGAAAUUUUGUAAAUAUAGGAAUAUGCGGACUUAUUUGUUGUGUUUUUAUUUUGUGUGAUUAAAAAUAAUGGUUGUCACAAAUA